CGACGACCACUGCAUACCAGUUCCCAAAUCUCCCAGAGGAAGAUGUCCGGAAAAAUCCAACUUGCGUUAAUUCAGCUGGUCCUGUUGGCGGUGGUUUCCCACGCCCAGGAGGACUACUGCGACUCUUCGCUGUGCGAUCCGGGAGUUCAGAACAUCGGCUGCGGAGCGAAGAACGAGCUGUCCUCGGACUGUAACGAGGGCAAGAAGAUCGACCUGACCGAUGAGUUCAAGAAGGUGAUCCUGGAGGAGCACAACAACUACCGCAACCAGGUGGCCAAGGGAGAGCUCAGCUGGCUUCCGUCCGCUUCCAACAUGGUGACGAUGGAUUGGGACGAUGAUCUGGCCUAUCUGGCGGAGUUGAACGCCAAUCGGUGCGAGUUCGAGCACGACAAGUGUCACAACACCAAAAAGUACCCGAACUCCGGACAGAACAUCGCCUCGUGGGGAACGACCGGAGAUUCGUACGAUGUGAAGGAAACGCUGAAGACCAUGGUCCAAGAGUGGUGGGACGAACGUCACUUCGCCAAUCCCAAGCUGAUCAAGAAGCUAUGGGGCAAGUACAAGGCACUGCACUUCACGAUGUUGGUUCGAGCGAAUGCCAGCCGAGUUGGAUGCGGAAUGGUGCAGUACAAGAAGGACGAAUAUCUGUGGGUGCAGUUGAUCUGUAACUAUUCGUACACCAACAUGAUCGGAACCUCGGUCUACAAGGACGGAAAGGCGUGCUCCGAUUGUAAGUCGGGAUGUGACAGUCAGUACGAUGGACUGUGUAAGAAGGACGAACCGGUUGAUGUGGCUUAAUAAGUGGAUGUGAAUUGUUGAUACUUUCCGAAGCUUUUCGCAAGAAAUAAAUGGUGAUGGAUUACA